AUGGGUGAGCGCAAAGUCUUUGUAUGGAAUCUAAGUUUCUUGCUUUUGUUGUGUUUUGGCCUUUAUGGACGUGUAACAGUUGAAGCAACCCGAGAAGGGAAAUUUUUAACUUCCCAGGCUAAGACUGCCAAUGUAGUACUUACCAGUGGUUAUGGAAAAGAGUUUGGAGGUGGAGGCGGAGGUGGUGGGGGAGGUGUGGGUGGAGCCGUAGGAGGAGGGGGUGGUUUAGGAUAUGGCUCGGGUGGUGGCGGUUUUGGUGGUGGAAAUGGGAACUAUGGGAUGGGUGCAGGAUCUGGCAGUGGUCAAUAUGGUGGAGAUAGUGGUAAUGGUAGUGGUGGUGGCUUUGGUGGAGGAAAUGGUAAUGGCGGUGGCUUUGGUGGAGGAUUUGGUAAUGGUGGUGGCAUUGGUGGCGGAAAUGGUAAUGGUGGUGGCUUUGGUGGAGGAUUUGGUAAUGGUGGUGGCGUUGGUGGAGGAAAUGGUGGCGGAUAUCCAGGUUAUGCCGGUGGCAGUGCGCAGUCUAUGUUUCCACAAAUGGCUGCAGGGAGGAAGAACUAA